AACAAGUGAGGGAACAAAGACGCUGGUUCGAGUUUUCCGGCGUGCUUCUCUCUGCUCGUGCAAUGAAGUUUGUGGCACUGCUGCUGCUUGCAUAUUGGCCAUCUCUUGAUGCGGCUUCGCUCCGGAGCAAGAUGCGGAGGGCCAAGAUGACAUUUGUGGAGGAGCAAAUGUCAAUGCAGAUGAAGAUGAUGAUGCCAGAGAAGGCGACCUUGGACCACAUUGAGGCGUCGAUUCUCAACAUGGCACGGUCCAAAACGUCCAAGCAAGACACAUCUGGAUCCAAUCUGACUGCUUUCUUGGACCAGAUCCAAGACUUGCUCGACACCACCAUGAAGAAGAACAUUCUGCAGCGCCAGAAUCAGACGCAGAACGAUUUGGAUGAAGCCUAUGCAAACAUGACGACCUGCACCCACCCCAACGAUACCGACCUGGUUGAGAGUCUCAAACAGCUGGACGAGACGCAUUUGCAGUGCCGGCAAGAGCAGGACAGGAUGUGGUCUGACUACAACACCACCUGCAUCGUAGCGCGCAAGAUCUUCGAGGACGAGAAGGAAGCCGUUUGCAAUGCCUACGAACAAGCGAAGGUGUUUCCCCCACCCGUCACCACGUGUGCUAUGGGUGCGGGCACUCCGGUUCCAACGAUUGGGCAUUAUUUGAUCGACAUGGAGAAGUUCUUCACUGCUGCGUAUGAUGCACUCGCAGCCAAGAAACAUGCGUGCGAGAGUAUCGGGGAUUUCCCCAACGACGAGCUGUGCAAGCAGAAGAUUUGUGAGUACCAUGACAAGAGGAUCGGAUGUGACAAGACGCAAGAGGCUUUCGAGAAGCCGGCCUGUGACGGUCACAAGCAGUAUCAGUGCAGUGGGUACUCUGACUGCUACGCCCAGAAGAAGGACAUCUACGACAACGUCAACACGCUGGCGAAGGAGAACGAGAAGGCUGCGAAGGCAGAGUGGCGAGCAGUCCUCAGGAUCGAAUGCCUUCUCCAAGCGCUUACAGUGCCGGAGGGCGAGAUCGAAGAAGCCAUUAGCGCAUGUAAGGCCAAGACGCACUCCACCAAGCCAGUGGAGCUGACGUAUCGCACUGAAGUUCCCGCCGAGCGAGCUUGUACGGAGGUUUACCUGCAGCCGGGAAUGGCGGCGUUCUCCAGCACCUGGUAUGCCGGUCUUCCAACUGCCACUCCUGCUGCAAGCUGCGCGUCUGCGUGCUGCAUGGCAGAGAGCUUCAACCCGACCUAUCCCUCUGACGUGGCAUGCCCCUAUGUGCCCGGCGCAACCACCACAUUGACGACUACGACCACCACCAAAUUGGUGAUCACAACCACCACCAAGGCAGCAGCAGCAGCAGCAGCGGCUACAAAGGUAGCCACUUUCGGGGGCUUUGGAGGGUUUCCCCGCUAGCAUCCUUCUGCGCGGCUGAGAGCUGA